AAGCCCAGCCACGGGAAGUAAACAAAGUUUGGAUUUGGGCUGUGCUCUCAGUUGGUCACUGUUUUUUUGACAAUUUCUCAUCAAUUUCCAGGUGUCGUCUCCUUGUCAUGGAUGGAGUAAAGCCGGAUGAUGGAGAUGAAGGUUUUGCAGAAGACAAUACCCCUGAUGAUGAGCUGGUCCCAAUGGACGUUAAUUUAACAGCAGGCGCUGAGGGAGAAGAUGAAGUACUAAAUGGACCUAGAGCAACAGUAUUCUAUACAACCGGUGACCAAGGCGAGGAAAAAGAAUUCUCCAAAGAGGAAGUGGAGGAGAUGAUGAAAUCGGAUGCCUAUCAGAGGAAGAUUGACACCUGUCACCUAUGUGGUAAGUGCUGGUACGAUGGCAACUCCAGUCAGAGCUGUCGUGAAUGUGGUGGUUUCCCCUUACAGCGCCCCUGUCCUAUCUGUGACGGCAGGUGUAAAAAGAUUUGGACCAGGAACGUCAAAUCGUCGCACUCUUUUCAUGAGGCACACUGGGAAGGGACGUGUAAUUUGCCUCAGAAUGUUCAAAGAGCCUACUUCCUCGAAAAAUUCACAGAUUCCUCCGAACAAGUUAUAAUGGAGGGUAUGCAGGACUUAAAAACAACCUAGUGUAUGUAGGCCAGUGAUAUUGACUCUGUAUGACAGAAUGAUGGAGCUGUAGUGGUCAUUGAUUGGAUAUUUAGCAUAAUAUGUCUAUAGAUAUAGCUUUAAAAAGCCUGACUAAUGUGAUAAUUAUAUUCCUUUUUGCAAAUGACUUUUUGAUAUAUUAAAUGUUUAAGUUGCUGGUUUAACAGACUACAUUUGCACCCUCUGUGUUUCUUAAUUUAUUAUGAUUGCUAUUCUAGAGUAGUUAAUAGUUAGUUGCUGAGGUAAACGAGUGACUUUUCACAGACUUAUUAACAUUGCAUGGUGAUGUAACUACAUGUAGUUACAUGUAACAUGCUGGUAGACCAUGUCAUUACAUUUGUACUUUACAUGUAAUUUAUAUUUACUCAUUACACAGGUUCAAAAUUUCAUCGCGUUUAUUUAUUCGUUUUGUUAUGGCAAGCAAUAUUACUAGCCCUACAUAAUUUCUUUGUUGUUUAUAUUUUUUUGGCUUUGAAUUAUAUUCUAUUUUUGUGGAAAAGAUAGCUAGGGCAUUUGGUUGAAUUCAAGAGAGAAUAUCUGGUUGAAUAAAUGAAAAAAAACAGGAAAUAUUUCAUGAUGUGUGUUGGAAAAAGAAGUUAUUUUGCCAUUAGAUACCGAAAUUAAGGAGAAAGACACAUACUAGCCGAUUUCAACGUGUGCUGUAUUCCAGCACUUCUAUUAUUGUGUUUGCUGUAAAGAGGUCACAUUUUGCGGUUUGUACAUUGUUAAAAUGAAAUGGUAGUCUGAAAUUUCCCUGCAGUAAGUCUAUUAAACACUGUGCUUUUUAUUGUUGUACAUGUGUUUAUGAAAUUGAAUUCAUAAGCAACUUGGAUUUCUUUGUAUCCAAGUAGACGGAUAAGUAAAAAUGUUAUUUACACUGUAUUCAAAUUGCUUAAUGUUUUGUAUUGAAAAGCGAUUUUGUUGUCAUUUAUAAAUUAAUCGUUUCAAAUGUCUGUGAGAAAACUUAUCCAACAUUUAUAUUUAUGUACAUGCAGUCUUAAUAUUCCCAGGUACUUUAUAUAUCUGUAAAGCUGUUAGAUAUGCUGCCGUUUUCUUGUGGAUUUAUUUAUAUAUUUUAUUCACUGGUGCAUUGAUAGACUUUUGGCAUCAUGUAUGUCAUGUAGAAUAUCAUUUUAUAAUGACGUGUUUAGGAAACUUUGAAACUUGCUUUUUGUAAUGUAUCUGUUGCAAUAGUUGAGGAUAUAGCGAAUCUGCAAUUUGAUAGAAAUUUAUUGAAUUCAUGUCUACUGAUCAAGUAUGGUGUAUCUCCUCCCCUUCUCCAAUUUUUAUAUUGGCAUUGAUUCUUUUUUUGUUACUAGUCUGUCCCUGGUUUUAAGGGGGCUUGGGUAUUUAGCAUAACCCUAUUUGUACUUGGUCUUCUUUGGACUGAAAAUGAAUUUUAACUGUUGUUCAGUUUGUGAUUCAUUUUGUUUUUUAAUGGUUUGAUGUAAGAAACAUUCAGGAAAAUGCACACAAUUAACAACUACAAUUUAGUGCAAAAUUUAUCCAAACAUUAAGUUCUUUUGAUGCCAUGAUAAACAUGUUAUUAUGUUAUGUUAGAAAAUCUUUAAAAUGAUUUUGAUUUCGAUCUGCUUAUUUUUUUAAGGCAGUCUUGAGAGAAAGAACAUUCAAAGAAAAAAAUAAUUUUCUUACUUCUGUUUAUUUUAUAUUAUAUGAAGUUUAAAGAAGGCCAAAAAAAUACAACAGUUCUUAAAUGAUGGGAACAAGGGGAGAAGUAUAACUGAAUACAAAAUUUAUUUUCUUAUUUUACAUUUGUUGACAAUGAAUUCAAACUAUUUUGUUAAUACUGACUUAUUGGCUUUCUAUUGAGAACUGUGUAAUUGCAUGUAGUAUGUCAUACACAGACAUGUAAAGAUGGGUGUCCAAUAAAUCAAAAUGAUAUUGGAUGUUCUUGGUGUCCAAUAAAACAAUAUUAUAUUG